AUGUCUUCAGGAUACCAGGAACCAACUCCUCCUCAGCCUAUGAUCCAAAAUGCCUUUUUGCAAGAUUACUUGAGCUGUCCCACCUCCCCCAUUGUACAAGAUCAGGAUAAAAGUCAGGGGCUCAGAGUGGUUCCUCUGUCCCAGAUCCCUGAAGUGGCCAAGAUGAAGUGUCUGCUCCUACUCAGCAUCAUACUCUCAGCCACCCAGGCUAGAGAAUUUACAAAAUGUGAACUGACCCAGGAACUAAGGAAUCAUGGCAUGGACAAAUAUGAAGACUUCCAUUUGAAUGAAAUAAUCUGCACUACAUUCCAUAGCAGUGGCUUUAACACCCAAAAUAAAGUCAGUAACAAUGGCAACACAGAAUAUGGAAUAUUCCAGAUCAGCAACAAUGGUUGGUGUGCUGAAAAGCAGGAAGAUGUGGCAAAAAGUACUUGUGACAUUCUUUGCUCCAAACUCUUGGAUGAUGACAUUAAUGAUGACAUUGUGUGUGCCAAGAAGAUCUUAGAGCAACCCAAAGGAAUUGACUACUGGAAAGCCCACAAAACAUUCUGCCGCGAGAACCUAGACCAAUGGAGGUGUUUGAAUUAAGUGACUCUAAGCUGC